CUUCAUUCUUUAAAUAUUGCUAAUUUUAAAGUAACGUUGGCAGGAAUAAUGUAAGACAUAUACUAAGAAUGAACACAAAUAUAUUUUGCAAUACUUGAUUUCUGUGUUAUUGCAUAACCACACUAAUUAUUUACAUUGUGAAAUAAUUUUGGGUGGGUUCUUACGAAAUACCCGGACACCACAAGUUUCCAUUUCCGCAAAUUGUACGUUGUAGACGGUAGAUUUAUUUCCAGCAGUCUUGUAAUCAGGAUACGUCCAUAAACCAAGAUGGCAGAAAAGAAAGUAGUGUAUGUUGUUGGUUUUAUUGUGCUUGCUAUAAUUAUCAUGAUAAUAGCACUAGUAGCCACGUCACUGAAGAAACUAGCCUCAGAUGAAAUUGGUAUAAAGUAUGACACAGUUCAGAAGAAGUUAGACGAUAGUACAGAAAGAGAAGGCUUACACACAGGUCCACCAGGUUUUGAAUUCAUCAAAUUUCCAAGUGUAUACAAAUCACUCACAUUCAAUGACUUAGAAUGUUUGAACAAAGAUGGUGUAAAAAUUGUACUAGACGUUACCUAUCAGUACAAAGUCCGAUCUGCCAAACUUAGGGAGGUAAUCCUUGACUUCAGGGAUAAAGAUGGCUACACUAAAGUUCUUAGAUAUGCAGGACAGUCAGCUUUACAUGAGUCAUGUAGCUAUUUUAAUACAUCUCAGUUUCAAGCUGAGCGUGCCAACUUUCAGGAAAAAGUGAGAGAACAGAUUGUGGGCAGAUAUGAAGAACUGAAUGCUGAUAUCACUGACUUACAGGUGAGCAACAUUGCUCGUCCAUCCGAGUAUGAGAGUGCUAUUAGGAGUAAAGAAAGAGCGAGGGAAGAUAUUCAGGUGGCCAACAAUGAACGUCCAAGACUUUUGACUGAGGCAGAGACACAGAAACGUGAAGCUGAAACACAAGCAAAGAUUAUUAUAGACAAGGCAGAAUCAGAUGCUCGUAUCUUAGCUAAUAGAGCUACAACUGAAGCACAGGCAAUUAUUGCCCAGUAUGAAAAAGAGGCUGAAGCGUACAAGAAGAUUGUUGAAGCUUCAGGACUUGGAUUCACUAUUGAUGGUUUCAUUUCCUAUCUUGGUGUACGAGUAAUCGCUGAUGCGAAGAAUCCUGUCUACAUAGGCUUGGACAGCCCAGCAAAGACCGUUUAUCCUUAAAAAGUGUUUAAACCUUUGUGUAUGUCAGAAUUGUCUCCCUUUUGCUACAUCCUGUCAAAUGGUCUCCCUUUUUCUGCAUCCUGUCAAAUUGUCUCCCUUUUUCUGCAUCUUGUUAAUUUUGAAAAUUUAUCUUUUUAUUGCAGAACAUUGUUUAAUACAGUAUUUGCUUUAAACAGAUUGUUCAAUAAGAUCAGAUCGCAAUUUUGAAAUUAAGCUUAAUGAUCAAAUACAAGACAUUUUUGAAAGAGAUAUUGUUAAAAGAAGUAAAAAGAGAAACCAAAGUUUUCAAAAGGCUAUUUCAGAAUUAUCGGAAUUACCCCAAAAUGAAAACAACGUAAUUUCAUUAGUAUAUUUUUGAUAUUUUAAUUGUGUUUAUUGUCCUUAACCAGUCACUAUGCUUUGGUGUACUCUUUUUUGAAAAUAAUACCCAGAAUGCAUUAGAUUCUGAAAGGCAAAUUUAUGUUUGACCUUGAUGGUGUAUUCUUUUUUGAAAAUGUUACCCAGAAUUCAUUAGAUUUUGAAAGGCAAAUUUAUUUUUAGCUUAAAUGAUUAGAUAUUUUGAUAUACUUUCUAAAAAAAAAUAUUAUAUUCGCUUGGGUUUGGCAGACAAAUUUGACAUACUUUCAUAUAUUUCAUUUUUCUCAGGAAACUUUUAUCAUUCUGUGAUCCUUAAAAUCAUCAUUUUUGUAUUUUAUUCUGAGCAUCUUGUUUAUAUUAUGUAAACUGUUAAAAUAUACUUUCAGCAUUUGCAGAGCUUUUCUUUUGUUUUAAGCAAGUUUUACCCAAUUCUUUCACUGCAAUCAAUUGUUUUUUUAUAUUUAAUAUACUGUAUAUUUAAUGAAUGUGCAAUGAAAUGCUGAAUUUACAGUAGGCUAGAGGCAUAGAAAAUUACAAAAUAUUUUAAUGACUUAUUCAAUAAAAAGAUAUGCUACCAGAUGUGUAUUUGGAAAGGAAAAAAAAAUUAUUCUACCAUCUCAUGUGGUCCCAAAUGAGUCAUACUAACUUAUAAUAUCAGGGUAUUAAUUGUCAUGAAUUUUUCUUUGAUUUAAAUCCUUGUCUGAAACCACUAAUUUUUUUCUUCUUCAAAUAAUCAAUGUAUGCACAGUAAUCCAAGAGUUUAAAAAUGUGCCCAUCAUUAAAGAUAAUAAGCAAUAUGUACACAUGCAGUUAUCUAAUAUAUAACAUUUUAGUAUUUUCACAGGGAUAUAUAGUAAAUAUUUUACUCUGUUAAAAGGUGUUAUCGCUAUUUUGUGGAUUUUUCCUUUGAUCUUUUUUGUGAUAAUUUUCAUAUCAUGCUUCUUGCUUGAGAUGGAAAAAUUAUCUCUAGAAACUAAGGAGACCACGUGGCGUUGCUAACGAAAUUGACAUGAAAUUGACAACGUCGUCAUAGGUAAAAUAGCGAUAAAUAGAUAAUCAUUGGUCAUCUCAACUCGAUUGCUUUUCUCACUUUCGCUGUACCAGCUCAAGCGAGAAAAUCAAUCUCGUUGAGAUGAUCAACGAUAAUCUAUAAUUACAAUGCAUGUGACCGCAGACAGUUUUAAGAAGCAGUAAUGUCAGUUAUAAUCCAAAGAUAAAUAUAUUUUAUUAGUGCAAGGGUAAAUUAGUAGAGAAGAUAGAUAUGAAACGUUUGUUUCAUUGGUUUUGAAUAUGAUAACCAAAGAGGUAAAGCAGUUAUUUAGUCAUGACUGUUGUAGAAAUAUUUUUAUUAGUUGUUGUAUCUUUUUAAAAAUUGUAAAUUAUUAGGUAUAUUUUAUUAUGUUGUAGUAUUUGAUUAAAUGAAUUAGUUUUAAGAAUUUGAAAGGUAAAAAGAUAUUUAGCAACUAAUCCAUCAACCCAUAAAUUCUAAUAGAAAGUGGGGGUAAAAGUAUAUUAAAUAUAGAGCUAUCUUGAAUUCCAUAAAUCUUUUUAAUUAUCUAUGAAAAUUUUGACUUUUUAUCUGUUUAAUGUAAAUCUUCCAAUUGUUUACAGGUUCUGCUUUGGUUUAUAAAAAGAUAUACAUGUACUUAAAGAAUUUUGGGUCCUCAAUGUUCUUCAAUUUCUUUCUGUAUUUGGCCUCCUUAAAAGUUUUCGUUACAUGCAUCACCAAUGAGUCUUUUGUAGACAAAACUUCUGUGUGGCAUAUAUUUUAUUUUAUCCUGGUAUCUAUAUAAUUACAAUGUGGUUAUUCUCACAUUUACAAUAAAAUCUUCCUGAGUUUGUAGUAAAAGACCUCUUUAUAAGGCUUUGUGUUUUAUUUUCCAUUUUAUAUGAGAUUUUUAAAAUAUUGCUCACAUUUUUGUACUCACCUAUUUAUUGAUUUUUUGUUGGUGUUUGCUACAUUAGUUUUGUAAGUGUUCAUCAUCCUCCACAUUUGUAUGCUGUACAUGACUUUGAAUUGUAUAACAUAAUUUUGUAAAAGAGGUGGGUUUUUUUAGAAUUUGUAUAUAGAAUGCUUUUCUGUGUGAAAUAGGCACUUUUUGGUUACAGUGUGUUUUUAUUUUAAUAUGUAAUUAUGUGAAACCAAUUGCGUGAAAUCCAAGGGCAAUAGACUAUUUUUAUAUUACCAACUUUUGACUCAUAUAACACUGGUUUUAUGUUUGAUUUUACUUAUUUUGGUUGCUCUCACUUCACUGGUAUCUGGAUGGCUAAACACAGGAUAGGAUACCUGUUGAAAAAAACAUAAAAUCAGGAGUAAAAAUGUGGUAAUAUUAAAACAGUGUAUUGACUUCAAUAUUGCUAUUCUAACUGAAAAUGAAAAAGAAAUAUUAUAUUCUUAGUAGUAAAAGCAAUUCAUGUCAACUACAAUUGAGCUAGAACAAUCAAAAGUGUGAAUUCUUUCUUUUUUUUUUAUUUUACCCUCAUAUAACGUACAGUUAAAUAUUUCAAAGGGCGAUAACUCUUGCAAUCAUUAAUUUGUUUCUAGUAGUAAAUUCCGCCCAAAAAGAAGCUUUUUAUGCACUCACAUGAAACAGAUGUAAAACAAUCAAUGUUAAUAAGAAGCUUUAAAUGCAAUAAUAAAUAUAAUUGACAUGAACAUACCAUUGAUUUUUAAGAGUGAUCUCCCCUGCCCUACCUCUUUAAUGCAGAAAUUGAUGCAACUUCUUUAAGAUAACAGAUGCUUUUUUCUGCAAUUUAUUAAAAAGUGCCUUCCUUUCCUAAUUGCUGAGAAUAUUUUGUGUAUAGAUGAAAUAUAUUUUCAUAUUCACUCACUCAUCAUAUAUUCAUUUUUAAGGUAUUUAUGCAGUUGUAACCUUAUUUGGAAUACAUUAAAAUAUCUUCAAAAACAUAGAUAAGAAGAGAGCCAUUUUCAUGGCCCUUAAAAUUUUAAUCUCAAAAGAAAAAUUGCAUUCAAAAAUGACAUUUUUUCAGCAAAAUAUCUCAUUAAUUUUUUUUUGGUCAAUCUAAAUAAUUUUCCCACAUUUCUGGCAGAUUUUUAACAAGCUGAAAUACUUUCAGGUCUUAAAUUAAAGGUUGUGAAAUGGUUCAAGAUCAGAGGGUGAAAGUUGUAGUGUUUCAUCGAUUUUUGAUUGCAAAAAAUCUACUUGCAGCUAUAACUGCAUAUUCAGUGUAACAAAUUAGUAUUUUUUCUGGAAGAGGUACAAAGGGUAUUUUUCCAAUAUUCAUGUACAUUUCACCUUUGAAUUUGACCAAUAAGGGACCAAAAAAGUGGCUCUUUUUCCUUUUUUAAUAAGUUAUAAUUGCUUCUCUAUGAAUAUGAAGACUAAUGUAACCAGGCACUAUUUUAGGGAUAUUUAUUUUUAGGACACCCUAUAUUAAAUAUAUAAAGUCACCACAUUUAGUCCUUUAACCAGUCAUAUCCAUAUAAAUCAAUAGGAGGUAAGAUGACUAUAUUUAUUAACUUACACAACACAUUUAGAUUCCAUAUUCUUAUCCAAUCAUAUGGCAUAUCUAGUAUUAUUAGUUUUCAUGUUGUUAUGUUGUCUGAAAUUGAUGUUCUGUUGUUCGGUGUGAGCCAAGGCUCCGUGUUGAAGGCUGUACAUUUGCACUCACACCACAUCUUCCUAUAUCUAUUAUGUCUUUAAAUGUAGUACCUGUCUGUGUGAUGAUUAAGCAAGGUAAUCUAUGUUUUUUUAUGAUGUUUCGAUUUUUGUUUUUUUAAUAGAAAGCAUCAUAUCAUUCAAUGAACUAGCACUUAAUAUGGUAUGGGCAUUUUUUCUUUUAAUACUAACUUUAUUAGGUCGAAUAAGGAAAAAACCCGAGAAUAACAAUAUCACAAACGACCAAAAAAAGCAUAUCUGUCUAUUAUGUCAAAAGUAAAAUUAUUACUUAAUGAUAAUCAAAAUAUUUUGAUAUUUAUUUUUUGCAUAAAUUGAUGACAAUCAUAUUGAUCUUUUUAUUGUAAAAUUCAAGGCAAGCCCAACACGAAGUAAGUUAAAAUGAAAAUGACUACUACCAACUAAAAAUAUCAGAAAGAAUCACUUAUUUCUAAAGGUUUUAGGUUUGUUUUUAGUACAGUCAAACCUGCCUAAAAGACUACCUGUAUUAAGCAAAAACCUGUGUUAUAAGACUAUUAAUUUUAGAUCCCUCUUUAGUACAUUUUUCAUAGAUUGAAUCUGUAUUAAAAGACCAGGUUUCUUAAAUGACAGUGGCGGAUCCAGAGGGGAAGUUCCAGGGGUUGGAACCCCCCUUUUUUUUUGGAAGAUCAAUGCAUUUGAAUUGGGAUAUAUAGUUGGAACCCCCUCUAUAAUGGGUUGAGAACCCCCCUUUUUAAAAUGGCUGGAUCCGCCCCUGACUACAUUUUUGAUCUCCCUUAAGUGGUCUCUUAAAACAGGUUUCACUGUACAUUUUAAUUUGUAUGAUUUAUUUCUAUAAUUACAACCAUUACUGUACAGUAUAUCAUAUUUCUAUGGCAACAUUAGUAGAACCACCUGUAGUUUAUUUAUAUUUUGAAUAAACAUUUUUACCUAA